AUGGCGGCCACUCAAUCGUCCAUCCCGUCCGUGAUCCGACACCCAAUUGUCUGGACCUUCACCUGGCUCUACUUGAUUACCCAGUCGGUCCUUCGAUAUGUCUUUUCACCCGUCCCCCCACCACCAGAUGCGACUAGCGAUUCAAACAUCCCACGCAAGAGGGUUGCCGUCAUUGGCGCUGGUCUGACUGGAGUUUCUUCCGCUGCUCACUGUGUGGGUCAUGGCUUCGACGUGCAGAUCUUCGAGUCUAGAUCCAAAGACCGCGGCUUGGGUGGUAUCUGGAGUAGGGUCAAUUCCACGUCUGCCCUCCAGGUGCACAGUUUGAUGUACCGGUUCCACCCCUCGGUCCAUUAUGACAAUGCCUACCCCAGUCAGAAACAAAUUAAGGAACAAAUUGUCAACCUCUGGAAGCGCUAUGAUCUUCAGCGACGCACGGUGUUCGACACCCGUGUCACAUCGGUCAAGAAAACUGAGAACGGGCAAUGGAUUAUCAACAAUGACGAGGACCAAUACGGCCGCUUCGACGGUGUGCUCACGGCCGUGGGAGUCUGUGGAGAGCCACAGAUGCCUUCUUUGCCCGACCAGGACAGAUUCAAGGGUCAGAUCUACCAUUCCUCCAACUUGGACGGUAAAAACGCCAAGGGCAAGAAGAUUCUGAUCGUCGGUGGUGGUGCCAGCGCAAUCGAAGCUCUCGAGUUCGCAGUCAAGUCUGGUGCGGCGGAGAUUGAUGUGCUUUCGCGCUCCGACAAAUGGAUCAUCCCGCGAAAUGUGCUGGUGCAGUCUCUACUGGCGCUCAACGUCUUUGGACAGGAAACAUGUCUUUCCUGGAUUCCUGAAUCGCUGCUGAAAAAGUUCUUCUACCGCGACCUCGAAGACAUUGCUCCGACCGAUGACGGGAUCUUCACUCAGACUCCCAUGGCCAACUCUCAACUGUUCGAUCAAAUCCGCGAGGGCAAGGCCCAUUGGUUGCGAGGAGAUAUCGUCUCGGUUGAGGAGCACGGCGUGAUGUUUAACCACCGUGCCCAAGGUGUUCCCAAGGGUGGCCCUGGCCGUGAAGGGCUGGUUGAGGGUGAUAUUAUCGUGAUGGCAACCGGUUUCAAGCGACCCUCUCUGACCUUCCUACCGGACGAGGUUUUCCAAGAGCCGUACGGUCCACCCAACUGGUACCUUCAGGUCUUCCCGCCCAAGUACCCAGACAUCUGUGCAAACAACAGCACGUACGUCAAUGCCAUCGGCACUGUGGGCAACAUGCAUAUCGGUAUCUACACUCGGUUCUUGAUCAUGUUCAUGACCGACCCGUUGACCCGCCCCACGGAAGAAUGGAUGAAGACCUGGAUCGAUUUCACACGGUUUAUGAAGCGUUUCUCGCCCACCAACGCCUUUGAUUUCUUUACCUACGCCGAGCUUAUCUACUGGUACGUGUUUGUCUUGCUCAUCAACCCGUUCCGGUGGAAGUGGGCUCUGUUCGUGUUCUUUGGUCUUGGGCGUGCUUUGCCCUUGAUGUUUGUCGAGCAAGAGAACAACUUCCGCAAGGAGUUGAAGAAGCAGCACAAGAAUAAUUAG